UCGGCAAUUCAGAAACCAUUUAAACACAAAAACCCGAAAUAGCUAUACUGUGACGCAGGUCUCUCUCCUUAGCCAUCCAAAACUGCCUCCUCGCGUGAACGGCCAAAGAAGGAGCGAUCAAAUCUCAUGGGGAUCGUGGAACAGGCGCACAACGUCCGGGUCCUGGGGUCUGGGGACGAGACCAUAGUCCUCGCGCACGGGUUCGGGACGGACCAGUCGGUGUGGAAGCACCUCGUGCCCCACCUGGUCGGUUCGUACAGGGUCGUGCUGUACGACAACAUGGGGGCAGGGACCACCAACCCGGACUACUUCGACUUCGAGCGGUACUCGUCCCUUGAGGGCUUCGCAUACGACCUGCUCGCGAUCCUGGAGGAGCUGGGGAUAGUCCAGCCAUGCAUCUUUGUCGGCCACUCCCUCUCGGCCAUGGUCGGCGCCCUCGCCGCCAUCUCCCGCCCCGACCUCUUCUCCAAGAUCGUCAUGCUUGCCGCCUCGCCGAGGUACUUGAAUGAUCCGGAGUACUAUGGCGGCUUUGAGCAAGAGGACCUCGACCAACUCUUUGAGGCAAUGCGGGAGAACUACAAGGCGUGGUGCUCCGGCUUCGCGCCGUUGGCCAUUGGCGGCGACAUGGACACGGUGCACGUCCAGGAGUUCAGCCGGACCCUGUUCAACAUGAGGCCCGACAUAGCACUGUGCAUCGCGCGGACCGUCUUCCACAUCGACAUGAGGCCUUACCUCGGCCUGGUCACCGUGCCCUGCCACAUAAUUCAGAGCGCGGCGGACUUGGCCGUGCCGGUGGGAGUGUCCGAGUACAUGCACCGGCAUCUGGGGGGCAAGUCGACCGUCGAGGUCAUGCCGUUGGGCGGCCACCUACCGCAGCUGAGCUCGCCGGAGAUGGUCAUCCCGGUGCUGCUGAGGCAUAUUCGCCGCAAUCUUGCGGCCUAGUGCAUAUGUAACUUUGUCCGCUUCGUUUGAGUUUCAUUCUUCCUUCUUGCAACAGAACUUAAUAAAGGAAAAGGAACAGCUAUUCUCAAACA